AUUGAGUGUUUUAACAUUGUGUGGGCAUCUCUAUAUUAUAAGAUCUCUAUGUUGAAACUUACGCCUGAACUGAUCAAACCAAGAUCAAACGCUUAGUUCGGCAUAUUCAAGGGAACUAAAUGCUAUAUAACAUAUAACAUAUUUGCUAUAGGUAGGCUUCGUUGUAAAAAGAGGGCUAAGUUCAUAUGGUGACUACCAUUCAUUCAGAUAUUUUUAGUAGACUUUCUGUGGUCCAGCCUCAUCUCGUUUGAGAGCGCACACGAUGGUCCGUUUGACCAAAUAACUUUCAACUUGAAUACGUAAUUUUCAACAGCGGAAGACGGGCACAACAUGGACAACGGAACUCCAAGAAAGGAAAAGGUUGAGCUGUCAGUGGUUAUAAAACAUGGGAGAAAUUGGAGAAACUCUCGCGGCGAGCCGCUGCAGCCGUGCGUGCUACGCUGUGAGUACGGCGACGGAAACACCAUUGGCGAGUCGAACAAGGUAACUGGCGACGGCGAGGGCGGCGCCGAGAUCGACUUCACGGCCACCAUCAGCCUGGAGCAGGACGUGACCGACUGGAACCAGCUGGCCAACACGCCCAUCAUCAUACUCCUGAUGGAGUCGUCGCUGAAGGAGUCCAAGAAGAAGAAGAGCCCUAGCUUUAACAAGGUCGGCGUGGUGACCAUCGACCCGCUGCCACUGUUGUUUCAGGCUCCACCACCGGAGCAGUUCUACGCGUUCUACCCGUCCGAUCACAUGCUGCCCGAGGCGGAGAGAAGGAUCCUGAGGUCUCCCGAGGUGUCCGUGCUGUUCCAAACCAGCGCGCCGCUGAUCCCACCGAACGUCUUGGAGGAGCUGAACAUGCUGACAAUCACCCUGGACAGCUACUACGGGCUGCCGGAGCGACUUCAGGAGUGCUGGGACUGCCACGACUACAUCACCGCCUUCUUCCUGCCGAUCGAUCAGCCGGACGAGGUUAUGCGCUAUGAUAAAUCCCUGUAUCAAGAGACCAGCUCGCUGUGGCGCAAUCACUACUGGUACGGACGCACGGGUGGGAUGACAGACGAGGACUUCAUACCGGCCAGCACACAGAGCUUUCACAAACACUCCGAAGAGGACAACGACAGCUCCGGAGACUUCCGAGGUGAUGACGUCAACUAUGAGCUGAUGUCCGGGGACCGAGCGAGAGUGACAAUUAACACCGAGAGACGGAUCCUGCUGACAAGAAAAAUGUUAAGCACAUUCGAAAACUACGCAUCCAGGCAUAAAGUUCUGCCCGUAGAGCUAAUGGUGAAGAAGUCGAAGACCGCCCAGGCAGGUGCCAAGGCGCGCAGAAAGACGAUGGACGACCUGGUGAGCGUGCAGUUCGGCAUGGCCAUGGUGAACCUCAGCUACCUGCUGUAUCCGGGGGUGAGCCGACUGCGUGGCGCUUACCGAGUGCAGACGCUGGACCCGACGAAGUACGAGGAGGUCACAGGCGGCCGGCGCAGCCUCUUCGUGCAAAUGUCUAACGGCGGCAGCGCUGAAGAUGCUGCUUCCACCGUUAACGGAAAGCGCAGCGACCUGGACAAGUCGGAGCGCCGAGAACAGAGAGACGAGAAGCCCAAGAGAGCGAAGGACGAGGGUAAGGACAGCGAGAAGGGUAAGGACAAGAGAGCCUCUCUGCAGCCGGGGCUGCAGCUGCCGCCGCUGCCGUCAGGUCUGCAGCUGCCUGAGAUGCCGGUGGCGCCGCAGGACGACCUGUUUGCCGACGGCGACAUGUUCCUCGUGCUGGACAUGCGACUGAAGACGCCGCUGGUGAAGCGGCACACACUUCAGCAGCUGGCGCAGAAUGUGCAGUCUCUGAUUCCUCAGAGAGACGACCUACCUCGAGAGGCCCGGAGCGCCGCAGAGGCUGAGAGCCGAUACCACAAGAAGAUCAAAGAGCUGAGCAAGAAUCUGCUGGACGAACUGCGCCUCAACAAGCACAAAUAUACCGCUCCCGAAGGAGGAGAUGCUUUGGACGCCGAGGAAAUCUGGCAGCGCUUUGCUUUCGACAUGAACACGUCUGGAAAAUACUUCGUCAUCAAAGAGGCUCUAAAACCAGCGAUUUUGGAAGUCGUUCGAGAGAAGUAUCUCAAAUACACUAGCUUCAUAACGCAGGAAGAAGUCCAAGACUUCCUAUCUCAGCUGUAUGUGUACCUUGUCACCGAGAUGCACGCGGCAUUGAACCAGUUUCUGGACACUGAGGAGGAGCCACUGGUGGCACCGUCGGUGGUGGAUUGCGCCGCGCUGCGCACCUUCGCCGAGGUGGCACAGCAGCUGGGAAAGCAGAAGAAGGCCCAGCAGUUCUACCUGGAGAGGAUGGCGCGGGAGAGACAGAACGCCGACCACUGGUGUGAGUACGGCGAGUUCUGCUCCAGCGUCGGCAACAUCGACGUCGCCGAGGGCUGCUUCCGUGACGUGCUGAGCCACAACCCGAACAGUGCCAGAGGUUUGCUUCUGCUCGGCAUCUGCUCGUCGCUUCGCCAAGAGUCGGAGCAGGCCACCAUGUGCUUGCAGUACGCCGCCUGCGUCCGACGAGAGUGCUUCAUCACACAGACGGUGCUCGGCAUACAUCUGGAGAGGGCAAACGACGUGGUGGGUGCCGAGAUCGCCUACAAGUCGGCGCUGCGCCUGCUGGUGCGCGCCAUCCGUUUCCAUCAGGUAGACAUCCUGCUGGAGUACCACGACUCGUACCUGAUGGAGCUCGAGUGUUGCCCGCUGCCGGCAGAGCCCACUGCACUCGAGCUGUGUGUCACUGCCGCCGAACAGGAGGCCAAGGAAGCUGCCGAGCGGGACGGAUCGCCGGACUGCGAUCUGCUCCUGGUGCAGCGCGAGCAGGGCCGCCUCGAGGAAGAAGAGGUGGAGAAACGGCGCCGUCGCGGCCGCCGGGCGAGCAGGAGCAUCAGCUGCCGUCCAGGCCGCGGGGCCAACCGCUCCGAUCGUUCCGACGGCCGAGAGUCGGAGGACAGACGCGAAGGCGCGGAGGAGGCUAAUGGCAGCGAGAGCGAGUCGACUGCGGCGGCUCGGGCCGAGCUGACCAACUCACACGUCCUGCUCAACAAGCUCUACCUGCUAGUGGCACAGUUCCUCCUCAAGCACAAGGCCUACAACUUCGCCGAGCACGCCGUCAGUAAGAUGGUGGUGACUUCAGACCGCCAACUGUCCCCCGACUACUACAUCACGGCUGCCAGGCUCAACUACCUGAUGGGAGACCUCUCCACGGCCAAUGACAUCGUGCAGGAGGCGCAGAAAUACUACUACCAGGACCCCAAGCUGUGGUCGCUGAUGGGCCACAUCCAAUACUGCUCAGGCGACUCAGUGACGGCGCGCCGCUGCUACGAGACGCUGCUCGACCUGGGCCAGCAGCCCGACGACAUCCACCUGGUGCACAUGUUCCUCGGCGAGAUCUACUACCGCGAGUGCCAGUUUGUGCGCGCGCGCGGCAGCUUCCUGUUGGCCGUGCGCGCCCUACCGUCACCCUUCUCCUGGCUGUGGCUCGGCAAGGCCUGCUACCGGCUCGGUCACUACGGCGAGGCCGAGGAGGCGCUCAGGGAGGCCAACCUCCUGGACAGCACAUGUGGCGAGACCUGGGCCUACAUCAGCCUGGCCAGUCUGCUCUCUGAACAGCGCGUACUGGCUGAGCAGGCCUACAAAUACGCCCUGAAGCUGGGAGGGGUCAGCCAGGAGCUGCUCACCGAGAUCCAUCAGGUGCAGAAGGAGAAGGGUUUCGGAGAUCCCGGCUUCCAGUCGACGUGGUGGAGCAAACAGUACGUGCCCACCGAGUGAACGUGGAGGAGCGGAGCGACUCGACUAGCAGCUUGGGUGGCUGAGCGUAGUGUAACGUGACGUACCCUCUGUUUUGAGCAUGAUACACAAUAAGUGAGGAUUGAGAGAGAGAGAGAGAGAGAGAGAGAGAGAGAGAGAGAGAGAGAGAGAGAGAGAGAGAGAGAGAGAGAGAGAGAGAGAGAGAGAGAGAGAGAGAGAGAGAGAGAAAGAGAGAGAGAGAGAAAGAGAGAGAGAGAGAGAAGUGAUGGGCUGGAUUAAUUGAGUGUGUACGUGUGAGUGUAAGUGAGUGUGAAUGAAUGAGUGAUUGAGUGACAGGGAUAGAUUUUUAAUGAUUGCAUAUGAUACUGUGUUUUAAAUACGACGAAAUAAGUGUGCUGUUUAGAGAAAAGCGAAAGUCAUAGCAUUCCAAGCGAUUACUUCUGUGUGUAGAUAAAAGUAAAAUCGCAAUGAGUGUGCUUGACAAGUUGAACAUAUUACAUGCAUUGCAUUCCACA